AUUAAACCCACUGACGUCUUAGCCCUGCGACAUUUUCAAAAUGGCGUAAUCUGAACGAAAACAAUGUGGUGCUGAAAAUAUAGGUGGGAAACGAGAGGAUUUCGUUUCAUUCACCGCACCGACAACUUUAAAUCCUGCAACACUAUGACGGUGUGCAACUUUUGGAUGCAAGGCCGGUGUCGAUAUGGCGACAAGUGUUGGAAUGAGCACCCAAAAGCAGGCGGUGGCGGCUACGGUGGAGAGUACAACAGCCGUCCCCCUCAACAGUCCAACAGAGGCGGGGGAGGAGGGUUUGGGAACAGAGUGUGGGUGAACCCAGCUCAGAGGUCUGGAGGAGGAAACUACGUCCAGCCGUCAUCCUUCUCCUCCCAGCAGGGUGGGGAUGACUGGGGCAGAGGGGGAGGAGGAGGGGGAGGUGGUGGUGGUAACAACUGGGGUCCAGGAGGAGGAGGAGGAGGAAGGGACAGCCAAGCCCAGAGCUCCAACUUCAGUUUCGCAGCCUCCUCUCCAAACCAAAACAGAUUUUCUGCCUUAAACACUCAAAGCAGCUUCGACAAAGGUGGGAGAGGAGAAGGGGAAGACAAUGAAAAACACUUGGAGACCAUCCAGAAAGACAUGGAGAUCUGGGAGACUUCAGGACAGUGGCUUUUCUCCUGUUACUCUGUCCUCAAAGCAACCAUCUCAGGGUUUACAGAGCUCUCUCCAGAGGAGCUGAGACUGGAGUACUACAACACCAAGCCAUCAGGAGACCUGCAGGGAUAUGUUAACGUCAUCAAUCAGCUGGUCAACCAAUGGAGAAGCAGAGUCCAGGAGCUGAGGGCUAUGAGCGGCAACACCAGAGUCGCUAUGCUUGCAGAGCUGGACAACCCAGCACCACAGGCAGCGUCUGGAGGUUUUGGGUCGACACCAGUGACCGGCUUUGGGUCCUCAGCACCAUCCGGCUUUGGAACGGGUUUCGGAGUGCCGGCCCAGGCCCCAGUCCAGGACACCACAGGUGCCAGUAAUUUCAGCUUUGCUGGACCAGGUGCAGCUUCUGGUUUCGGUAGUCCUGCAGCAGCCGUCGCACCAGCUCCCACUGGGAUUGGCUCUAUGGCCACCACUGUUCCCUCGGCAACAGGUUUCUCCUUUGCCACCCCUGCUGCCAACAAGGAGCCAACUACAGCCGGUUUCGGAGCUCCUGCCUCUGCGUCCGGGUUUAGCUUCGCCUCGACGACCACUGGUGGAGGAGGAGCAUUUGGAGGGAGUGGUUUCGGGAGUGCAGCGCCAGUGGCUGCAAGUGGUUUUGGACAGGCGAGUGGAGGGUUUGGGGUUAUGGCCCCAGCAGACAGUCUCUUCACCCCCCAGAGCCAGCUGAGUGAAGAGGAGCUGAAGGAGUUUGGAGGGAAGAGGUUCACCCUGGGACAGAUACCACUCAAACCCCCCCCUGUUAAUAUGCUGGUGGUCUGAUCCCACCAUGGAACCACUCAAACCCCCCCCUGUUAAUAUGCUGGUGGUCUGAUCCCACCAUGGAACCACUCAAACCCCCCCCUGUUAAUAUGCUGGUGGUCUGAUCCCACCAUGGAACCACUCAAACCCCCCCCUGUUAAUAUGCUGGUGGUCUGAUCCCACCAUGGAACCACUCAAACCCCCCCCUGUUAAUAUGCUGGUGGUCUGAUCCCACCAUGGAACCACUCAAACCCCCCCCUGUUAAUAUGCUGGUGGUCUGAUCCCACCAUGGAACCACUCAAACCCCCCCCUGUUAAUAUGCUGGUGGUCUGAUCCCACCAUGGAACCACUCAAACCCCCCCCUGUUAAUAUGCUGGUGGUCUGAUCCCACCAUGGAACCACUCAAACCCCCCCCUGUUAAUAUGCUGGUGGUCUGAUCCCACCAUGGAACCACUCAAACCCCCCCCUGUUAAUAUGCUGGUGGUCUGAUCCCACCACUCAACCCCC